CACUGACUGGUGGACCGGCGAGUGGAAGCCCGAGAGGCUGGGAUGGACCGACCAGUGAGCUGGAGUGGAGCGACAAAUGGAAGUCUGGGCUGGGCUGGACCGACCAGUGGAAGCCAGGGUCUGGGCUGGACCGCACAGCACUACCUGGACUCCUGUCCUGAGAUCGGUGAAGCGGUCUUCAGUGUCUGUGUGUUCAGCAAGGCGACUACAUUGCGUGGAUGGAACUUCGCGAAGAAAUCUGUGAUAUGAGGCAUAUUUUGAAGAAGAGAUAACAUAAUAUUAUAUACACAUUUUCACCUGCAAUGUUGGUACCUGUCUGAUACCGUCUCGCUUGACUGCAAGAUAUUAACUUCAACUUGUGAUACUCAGCAUUGUUACAACUGAAAAGGCAGCUCGGCGACACUCGGUCCCGGCCACAGACCAGCGAGAUGGCGCUCUGGCACAAGGUGCAGCAGCUGCCGGAGGCCUCCCUGAGGAAAAUCUACGGCGAACAUUUCCCGAUCGAGGUGCGCCACUGCCUGGCGCCCUGGAUCGAGUCCAAGAUGUGUCAGUUCCAGGAGAUUAACCCGGACGAUCCGACCCACGAGCAGUACGCUAGCCAGUUAGUGAUGGCGCUGAUCGCCGAGCUGGAGAACAAGGCCACCUCGCUGCCCAGCACCGACGAGCUGUUCGUCGUCAAACUGAAACUCACAGACUGCGCCAACAUGUUCAAGGCGCGCUACCCGCAAAACUCGCUCUCGCUGGUCCGUAUUAUUCAGCACGCGCUCAACUGGGAGCUGAAGCUGGUCACACAGCACGAGACCGGUCUGCAGGGCAUGGCGCCCGGCGGGAUGGCGCUCAUCCCGGACACGGCCUCGGAGAUUAUCCAGCAGAUCCAGUACCUGCGACAGCGCGUCCACGACGCCGGCGAGGACUACGAGAAGAUGAAGCAGGAACAGGAGUCGUUCGCCAUCCAGUACCACGAGUGCGCCAAACUCAACGCCACCCUGCAGCACAUCCAGGGCCAGCGCGGCCAGAACCCGCUCGGAGUCGAGCAGGAGAAGGAGCUGAAGAGGAAGAAGGAGCUGACAGAGUCCACCCUGACGCAGAAGGUAUCUGGCCUGCUGCAGAUGCGCCUGGCGCUGGCUGACAAGCACAAGGAGACGGUCUCGCUGCUGACCCAGGUGCAGUCGCGCGUGCUCGACGAGGAACUGAUCCGGUGGAAGCGUGAGCAGCAGCUGGCCGGCAACGGCGCGCCCUUCAGCAACAACCUCGACCAGAUCCAGGAAUGGUGCGAGGAGCUAUCAGUGAUCAUCUGGGAGACGCGCCACCAGAUCAAGGAGGUGGAGCGGCUGCGGCAGCGCGUGCCGAUCGACCCGCCGGGCGGCGUGGACAUCCUGCCGCAGCUCAACCAGGACAUCACCCAGCUGCUCUCAUCGCUGGUCACCAGCACGUUCAUUAUCGAGAAGCAGCCGCCGCAGGUGAUGAAGACUAACACGCGGUUCACGGCCACCGUACGGCUGCUGGUGGGCGCCAAACUCAGCGUGCACAUGUCGCCGCCGCAGGUGAAGGUGACCAUCAUCAGUGAAGGUCAGGCCAACCUGCUUCUCAAGAACGACAAGAUGAACAAGGGAGACGCCAGCGGCGAGAUCCUCAACAACACUGGCACCAUGGAGUACCACCAGGCCACCCGCCAGCUGGCCGUCAACUUCAGAAACAUGCAGCUGCGCAAGAUCAAGCGCGCCGAGAAGAAGGGCACGGAGUCGGUGAUGGACGAGAAGUUCUCGCUGCUCUUCCAGUCGCAGUUCACCGUGGGCGGCGGCGAGCUGGUGUUCCAGGUGUGGACGCUCUCCCUACCGGUGGUGGUGAUCGUCCACGGCAACCAGGAGCCGCACGCCUGGGCCACCGUCACCUGGGACAACGCGUUCGCCGAGCCGGGCCGCAUCCCGUUCGCCAUCCCCGAGCGCGUCUCCUGGGCUCAGGUGGCCGACGCGCUCAGCACAAAGUUCAAAUCGGCCACCGGCAAGCCGCUCUCCGAGGACAACCUGCGCUUCCUGGCCGGAAAGGUGUUCAGGAGUCCGCACGUGCAGGACUUCACCAACAUGAUGCUGACGUGGCAGCAGUUCGCCAAGGAACCGCUGACCGACCGCAACUUCACCUUCUGGGAGUGGUUCUACGGCGUGAUGAAGCUGACGCGCGAGCACCUGCGCGGCCCGUGGAACGACGGCCUGGUGAUGGGCUUCGUGGGCCGCCGCCAGGCGGAGGAGAUGCUGCAGCAGCGGCCGCACGGCACCUUCCUGCUGCGCUACUCGGACUCGGAGUUGGGCGGCAUCACCAUCGCCUGGGGCGCGCACGAGAACGGAGAGCAACAAGUGUACAUGCUGCAGCCGUUCACCAACAAGGACUUCGCGAUCCGCUCUCUGGCCGACCGUCUGUCGGACCUGAAGCACCUGAUCUACCUGUACCCGGACAUCAUCAAGGACCAGGCCUUCUCCAAGUACUACACGCCCAUCAACAGCAGCAGCAACACGUCCAACAACGGCUACGUCCGCCCGCUGCUCGUCACUCACGUGCCGGGGUGGUCGGGUGUGGGUGGCAUGGACAGCUACCCGAACACGCCGCAGACGUUCUACUCGCCGACAUCGCCCGACAACACCAACCGGGACACGCCGUCGGUCAACUCGGCCAUCUCCGAGUCCGUCUCCACUCUCCAGUCCUGUAUGGAACUGUAACGAGUCGUCGGCGACACGGCCGGCCGCGGCCGAGCUCCGCGCGCCGCCCCACACGGCCGACCUCUGUGAGUCGACCACCGAAGCGCCGGGGCCGCGCGCCGCCACUGCUGCCGCCCGGCGCCACUGCAGGCGCGCGCGGGCGAGUGACGGAACUGACACUGUUGGCGUCUGCCCGCGGCCGGAGACGCGCCACCGCAGCCGCCCAGCCAACCGAGUACCUUGUACGAAGCGGGUCGCGUCGAGCGAUGUUACGCCUGAUUCAGAGUUUAUCCGGGCGCCGGCGGCCGGGCGGUCUCGCCGUGCUUUAAGCCGCCGCCGCCGACGGUCGGCCGGUCGGCGCUGUAGGUGUGCGGCGUUGGAGCGGGCCGGGCCGGCGCCGGGGACGCGCGCGGCCGCCGCCGAUCUCGCGGCCGCCGCCGGGAGCAGCGGCGGCCGUCUGUGUGUCUGUCUGCGCGAGUGUGUGUGUGUGGUGUCUCAGUGUGUCCGCGUGACUGACUGUAGCGUACGGUAGCGCAGCGAGCCGGGCCGCGUCCUUUUCGCCUUCAGCUGUUUCUCGGUCUCCUCUCUGUCUGUCUGGGGUCGUCUGUGCUUGUUGACCGCGCGCCGGUGCGGUCGCGUGGCGUUGUUCACUGUCGCUUGCGCGCGGGCGCUGCCGCCGCGUGGCUUUUCAUGUGAUAUGUAAGUGAUAGCGGCAGUCGUGCGGCGGCCGCCCCGCCGCCAGAGGCCGACUGUAGAGAAUAGAGGGGCCGCGCCGCCGGGUGGCUCGACACACACACACAUACACACCAAAUUGCCGUGACGCUGUUCACAUUCCUGGCCGGCGCGCCUGUGCCAAGCGUCCGGCCGGCCGGCAGCACUCCGGCCGGCCGGCCCGCUCAGCGCACAUUGGUCGGAAACGCUCCAGCGAGAGGCCAGCGGCCUUUCUGCAAAAGUUUUUUGCUUGUUAUUCCACAACUAGUGAAGCAAACUUCAUGAAACUUUGCAUACUUUCUCUGUCAUAUGUAAGCUAUCAUUUGGAUGUCAAGCACUAAAUAUAUGACGUGAAUCUGUUAAGUUAUGACGUCAUAAUUGAGUAUAAUACAGGAUCUAGCACCACUUUAAGUCAACAAGGGAAAUUGGGAGCUGCUAUUCGGGCACCGGGAAUGGUUUCAUACACUCCUUGCAAGGUCCAGUGCUUGACUUUAGCAUUGUUGACUUUGCAUGACGUCAUUUAUGACGUCACUAAGGCCAUGUAAGUUUUUCGUCAAUAACUCCUGAUCAGAUGGAGCUAGGGAGUCGGGAAAGCCACCAUUGGACUCAGGAAGACCUGCCGAAUCGAAUGAUAUGCGAUAUGACCUCCAUCAAUCAUUUUCGUGACCUGAGGGGCUCCGACCUGACCUUGACCCGAGGUUAACACCUUAACCUUCGCCGGCACAGGGGGGUUGAUGCAACCCCCCCUAAGAUUUUUCGCGAAUAACUCGCGUAAAAAGCGGCCGAUCGCGACGAAACUUUCAGUACCCUCGCAUUGAUCAAUUUUACACCCACCCUGAAAAUUUCAUGACCCUGACCCCAAUGACCUUUGACCUGUGACCUCUUUUCCGUGACCAUGUUUGGCCGAAAUCGCGAUUCAGCGUAUGUCGGAUCGCAUUAGCCGCGCGUUUGCAAGCUUUUUGUGGUUUCAAACGUUCAAACAUGUGAUUUGAUGUUGCUCCCAUACAUUAGGAUGGGUGUCAAGGUCACCUGAAGGUCAGGUCAGGUCAUUGACCUUUGGUGACCUCGGGUGACCUCGAUUCACUUUUUCGAGUUUUACAUGUUUCUAGACUAGUUUUUGGAGCUGAAUUCUAAUUUAGCAACCAUUUGAACAUUUACGAAGUAGUUUUGGCGCUUUCGUAACAUGUUACGAAGCUGUCUGCAGAGGCGGUUGACACGUAUUACGAAUACCCGUCACAACCCCUACCGGUUGACCUGACCUGACCUGACCCGACCUGGUCUAAAUGCUUAAAGACAUCAUCUCUGAUCAAAACUAAUACGAUAAUCGUGAUCAGCACCCCGGAAAACCACAUAGCAGCCACAAUUUACGACUUUCUAACAGGUCCCGAUUUCCCCGGUUUUCGGGUCAUUGACCUGACCUGGAAGGUCACCCGAUGACCUAGCACCUUAAAAUUGGGUAUCAUCGGCUUCCUCUCGUGACGGGCAGCACGCUCGUUUUUUUUUUCCGCGAGGCUCUAGCUCGAUCAGGGGACAAACGCGAGGGGGGGUCGUACCAACCCCCCCCCCCCUUGUGCCGUCGAAGGACGCAAAAUGGCCUGUGCCGGCGAGGGUUAAGUUGACUUCACCCGAACACCAAGUAUAGCAUUCAACGCGCCUGAGCUAGACAAACACGAUUAUGCCAAAAUCGCGGCAGUGCGACCAUUUUUGGCAAAGUAAUUAGCCUAAAACCGAGCCCGUGCCUUGUGGCACUUACCUGACCUAAGAGGUCACUGGCUGACCUAAGACCUUAAAAUCGGGUACUACCUAAUUUUUGCGUCUUAUAACGGCACACAAGCUUGUUUUUUUUCCGCGAGGCUCUAGCUCAAUUAGAGGCGAAACGGCGAGGGAGUUGUACCAACCCUCCCCGGUCAAUGUAGAAAACCAAUCGGUCCGGCCAGGGUUAAAUACCGGAAUUGUGAUCUAAUGUAAAAAGACGGCCCAAGGUAACCCGACGUCAGUGACAGGUGUCCUAUAUUUGCAGCGUCUUAUGUUCACGAAGGUUUCAAUUUCCACUUUCUUCAGCCGAGUGAAGGCUGUCAAUAGCAAGGCUCUCUAAAUGCAAGCCGUAAUCGCCACGCAAUAUGUGGAAGGCUUUUGAUGUCAAUGCAUACAUAAAUGCAUACAUAAAACGCGCUUUUCACAAAAUUCAUAAACUCAAGCGCAUCUGUUUUUAAUGACCAGUCAACUACGCAUGGAUGCGUGCAGGCCACACAGGUCAGCGUAAGCCGGGCGUGGCGGCCGAGCCGAAACUGGGGCGGGGCGGGCGGUAGUUGGGUAGGAAGAGCGGCUCCUGCAAAUUUUGCGCAAAUAUGCGCAGUUAGCUUUUAUGUUGCCCUGGUGUAAAUUUAAAUCCUACUUCAUCUCACAAAAAAAAUCAGAGUGGAACUAGAUGGGACUACCUGUUGUUUCCUUACCUAAACUUUGCAGUUAUAUUCCAGAAUCACUGUAGGAGAGCCUUCAUAAAAAAGCUAUAGUACAUCUUAGUUAGGGAAAAAGUAUACCAAAAAUUUUGCACUGACCAGUCGGCAACUUCAUAACGAACAUUUUGAUGCAUAAUAUGUGGGAUUUCAAUUUGGUGUCUAUCAGCAAUAAGACUCUGAAUAUCCGGCUCAAGAAACCUCUUGCUCCGCGUCAGUUUCCGAGUUCUGGGAUACCCCAUCUUCGGGGGCUGAUUACAGCUAUUUUUGGUCACCCGGAUUAGUUUUUUUGGCCUAAGUAUAAUAAUUUGAUCAAUUUCAAAUCGAUCUAUAUAAAAAAUAAUCCGAAACUCCGGAAUCGCCCUUGGCCUCUCGUGAGGGCGUUUCCGACCAGUGUGCAGCGGCGCGCUAGCAGCGGGCGAGGUGCGAUAUGUCUGUGCAAUUCGGGAACGUUGUGAUACGCGUGCAUAUUUAGAGCAGAUCACACACUGAGCGAGAGAGUUGUAGCGCGUAGGAGGCAUCGGGAGGCCGGGUGCGGCCGGCGGCUGUCAUUGUUAUAAGCUCAUCCGUGUAGUUGUACAAGGCGGCGUGCCCGCUGGCGUUUUACCGGCCCGGAGCUCACUGGACAGGAGCGGUCACCGAGCGGCGUCGCACAGACUGCCCGUGAGCUGCGCACGCCGGGCGCGCUCUGAAAGACACCGGCGCGACGACUGUGCCCGACGGGCGGCGCAGCCGGCCGUUCCGAUGUGUUGCUGUUGACUGUGUGCCCGUGCCGUGUCCAGAUCGGCGGCCCGGGCGCGCCGCUGUCUUAGUGUUAAGCACCGCACUACACCGUUUAAGUAAGACUAUUUUAAGUGUAUGUGCUGGUGUGUCGCUUGACGUACUUUGAAUAUGCAUAUAAUCAAAACAAAAAAUCACGGCGACUAUUUUUGACUGUCUGUGUGUGAGUGGGUGAGAGGGCGCGCGAGUGUGCCGGCGCACCACGUGUGUGCCGCGCGCCCGUCGCUCGCUCGGUGUCCGCGCGCUCGCGCAGUGUGUGCGUGUGUCCGUGUGCGUGUCGCACCGCCGCUUUCCGCACCGCUCCGCUUGUGUUUUUGAGCCGUAUUCGGAAUCAUUGGCCAUAAUACACCGGCUGGUGUGU